GCAUAAAACCACUAAACGCGACAAUUCGCGGUCGAUCGCGCUUCCCAGCCGGUUUCAUUAUUGAAUAGCAGGGAAAGUCAUUUUGCAUGAGCCCCUCUUUCAUUUCACAAAACCAUUGCACAAUUUCCAACCUCUCAUUCUUGACCAAUAUCAAAUCCAUUGUCGUUAUCAUCAUCUCAGUUGCUUUUGUGUUUAAUUUAUCAAAAUUCAUCUCAUUGUGCAAACAUUCAUUUAGCGGCCACCAAUCCAAUAAUUGAGUUCGGAUAUCUUUGUCCUUAGUCUUGACACCGUAACUCCUUUCGACUUAUCACAACAAACUCAAUAACAUCUUGUUAUUAACCCGACCUCAACUUCAUCAAAGGGGAGACAUCUACCUAACACCAAACUUCCCAUACUGUCUCACCCACCAAGAAUAAUAACAUCAUGCCCGCCCGCCAAGCAAAACGCCCCUACGCCGGCUCUCAGUCCCAAAUAACAUCCUAUUUCACUCCCGGCACUACAUCUCUUCCUGCACCUCCGACUCCCUCCCAAUACCAACCACCUACUCUCCCAAAUCAAAUUCAGUCCUCCCUCUUAUCCGUCGGCAUGCGCAUCCGCAAGUCGGUCCCCGAAGGAUACAAAACCGGUUCCUAUUCCGCCUUCAAUCUAUUCUCAGACACCACACCUGUCACAAAAUCAAACUUUGCAUCAGCAUCCCCUUCUUCGACACCCGCAGCACCGAAAUACAAAGGAACAAGACCUCGUGCCGGAAUUAGGGAACUGACACCUUUCUGCGGUUUGAUGAAGGUUGGGGGAAUGAGUGUACAAGGAUACCAUGAAUCGGGCGAGACAAUUGAAGAUGAGGAUGAGGAAGACUACGAAGGAAGAAUAUGGGACAGCAGUCAAGAGAGCAUGCUGAGUAAUGAUAGUGUCGGAAGUUACGGAGGUGGCAAUGGCUCCAAGAGGCGAUUUGUUGACGAAGAAGACGGAGAAAAUGCAUUUGGACAGGGCGGAAAUGGGGGGAGAGCUUUGAUGGAUGUUGGAGAUAGAAGAAUUGCGAUGCCGAGGUCCAGGAAGAGUGAGAAGGACAGAGGAAGUGAAAUGAUGAGGUUUGGUGGAGAUGGAAAUGCGGAUGUGGAUUUUGAAGAAGCCGACUUUUUGGAUUAUAAUUUAGCAGACGAAGUUCAAAUGGGUGGUGUUUAAGAAAGACCAGCAAACACUGUGCUAUCAAUGACUUCGGGCAAUAUUUGCGUGUUAUGGGAGAUGGGAUCUGCAUUAUGGGUAUCAAUGGUUCGGAAUGAGCUGUGUGCCGAUUGCAUACAUUUGGGAAGGCGUUUCUGGAUGGAUUAUUUGAGCAUGAUUGUAUAGCCUAGAGCUGCAAUAUCUGGAAAGGCUGCUAGCAUUCCAUCGGUCUUUGUAUAUCAUACAAUACUUCCUGUAUUCACA